AUGCUGCCCACGGCUGUCAAUACGCCGACAUCAAGUGGCCCGGCUUUGUGGGAUCCGACCACCGGGCCAACGUGUGACGAUAUCACUCAAACAACGGCACCGGACUGCUGGCUCGCAUCAGCUAAAAGCAACGCCGGCUUCAUCAAAGACCUCUUCACCGACCAAACCAAGGCCGGCGAUCCCAAAACAAGCCUUUCCGUCGUGGCCGUAACGGCCAAAGUGUGGGACCCUGAUACGUUGAAAGAAGAGGAUCAGGACGUGACGUUGGGUGAUACGGGGAAUGGGGAGGGAAAUGAUGAUUCCAGUAUCUAUGUGUGGCAAGUCUGUCGUCUGCUGCAUAAUCUUCUUGCCGACAAAAGUGCUGACAAGCGUGGCCAUAGGUGGCCGAGUGCUCUGCAAGCUGCCGUCAAGAAACACGGCGGAUCUGGUGUAACCAACGGCAAAUUCGACGACGAUGGAGGCUUCGCCUAUAAAGCUCUAUCAUACUUGACUGGAUAUGCGGCUGUUGCCGAGAUGGAGGAUUCGAAAUGGUGGGACAUGCUGGUAAGCUACGUCGAUCGAAGUCCGAUGACUGUUUGUACCAACUCCAAGACGAGUAAACUCGUUGAUUCCCACUGUUAUACGGCGAUGACUGUGGUGGAAGACGGGGAUACGGAUGACAAGCGAAAGGUCAGACUGCGUAAUCCUUGGGGCGAUACCAAAAACUACAAGAUGAGCAAGAUCAAAGACGAUAUUCAGUACGUCGCCCAUCUCAAGAAUUGGGACUCCUAUUAG